AUAGAAAUAAAAUACAGGAAGAUAUUCAUAAACAACGAGUGGCAUGAUUCAGUCAGUGGUAAAAAAUUUGCAGUUUUCAACCCUGCAAAUGAAGAGAAAAUCUGUGAGGUUGAAGAAGGUGACAAGGCAGAUGUAGACAAGGCUGUUGAAGCUGCUAGAAAAGCUUUUGAGCUUGGGUCACCCUGGCGUACAAUGGAUGCUUCAGAGCGAGGAAGGCUCUUGAAUAAACUAGCUGACUUAGUUGAACGAGAUCGACUGAUUUUAGCUACAAUGGAAGCCAUUGAUGGUGGGAAACUGUUUUCCGCUGCCUAUCUGAUGGAUUUAGGUGCCUGUAUCAAAACAUUACGCUACUGUGCGGGCUGGGCUGAUAAAAUCCAUGGGCGUACUGUUCCAAUGGAUGGAAACUUUUUUACAUUUACAAGGCAUGAGCCUAUUGGUGUGUGUGGCCAAAUUAUUCCCUGGAACUUCCCAUUGGUUAUGUUCAUCUGGAAGAUUGCUCCUGCCCUUUGUUGUGGAAACACGGUGGUUGUCAAACCAGCAGAACAAACUCCACUUACUGCCCUUUACAUGGGAUCCUUAAUUAAAGAGGCAGGAUUUCCACCUGGAGUUGUGAACAUUGUGCCAGGCUUUGGACCCACCGCUGGAGCAGCAAUUUCUCACCACAUGGAUGUAGAUAAAGUAGCCUUCACAGGCUCUACAGAGGUUGGCAAACUGAUUAAAGAAGCAGCAGGGAAGAGCAAUCUGAAGAGAGUUACUUUGGAACUUGGAGGAAAAAGUCCUAACAUUAUAUUUGCAGAUGCAGACCUGGACACUGCUGUGGAAUUUGCACAUAUUGGUCUGUUCUACCACCAGGGACAGUGUUGUAUAGCAGGAUCUAGGAUUUUUGUGGAAGAGCCUAUUUAUGAUGAGUUUGUUCGUCGGAGCAUUGAACGAGCUAAAAAGUACACUCUUGGGAACCCUCUGUUGCCUGGUGUACAGCAAGGUCCUCAAAUUGAUAAGGAGCAGUUUCAAAAAAUCCUGGAGCUAAUUGAGAGUGGGAAAAAAGAAGGAGCCAAACUGGAAUGUGGAGGAGGUCCAUGGGGAGACAAAGGCUACUUCAUCCAGCCAACAGUUUUUUCUAAUGUUACGGAUGAUAUGCGCAUUGCCAAAGAAGAGAUAUUUGGACCUGUUCAACAAAUCAUGAAGUUUAAAACUAUAGAUGAAGUUAUCAAGAGAGCAAAUAAUACUGCUUACGGCUUAGCAGCAGCAGUUUUUACCAAAGACAUUGAUAAAGCACUGACAUUUGCAGCUGCUCUUCAGGCUGGAACAGUAUGGGUUAAUUGUUAUAGUGCAAUGUCUGCCCAAUGUCCUUUUGGAGGAUUCAAGAUGUCAGGAAAUGGAAGAGAAAUGGGAGAAUAUGGCCUUCAUGAAUACACAGAAGUUAAGACUGUCACAAUCAAAAUCCCACAGAAGAAUUCAUAAUGCUGUUUGAGGUGCAGAAUUUAACAUCUUCAAAUGGAUCUGUGAAGGCUAUCUGAAUUCUGAAAAGUGUUUUUGUCCCAAAUUAUUCAUUCAUCUUUUCUGCUUUCUGAUUGUAUAAGAGGUACUUGCUUACAUCGGUAGUAUAACGUAGAAAAUUUUAUUGUGAUUAACUGAGAAAAGGAAAGUUUGUUUGGUACAUAGAUAACUAAUUUUGAAAUUCGUGUUCAGAAAGGACUAUUUUUUAUUUUCAGUGGAAUGUCUCUGUAGUUCUGUGAAAAUGUUUUUUUUUUUUCAAUACAUUCUACAGGU